UAUAAAUUGACUUCAGACGUCAACGUUUGAAAUGUUUCAUAAAUCUAAGUUCAACACAAAUCUAACUUAAAUAUUUGGAAUCGAGAGAAAUAAAAUUUUUGAGGCAUGUAUUCGUAUGCAGUUUGUAAUGCAUAAAUUGCGCUGGGAAAUUGCCAUAGCAGUCUGCAGAAUAUCUCUUCUGUUAUUUGUUAUGCUUUGCAGUGAUCUCGGAGUGUCAUGCUUAAACUGCCUGAUCGCUUUAUGGAGGCAUUGUGCUGUGAUCCUCAUCAACGAACACUUCAGGUUGCAUACAAACUGAAAGUUUAUCACACAAUAUUAAUGAAUUAUCAAUGAACUAUAGUUUAAUUGAUCUUCAACAGAUUUAUUAUGGAUUGCACGCCAUGGAGCCGCUUGUCACACUCAGAGACCCCAUCUUACGUGCUUUAUGUAAAGUAGUACGGCAUGAAAAACACCACGUAAACAACAUACUUUAUUACACUGGAGAGUUUACCACCAGCUGGUAUGUGCUGUUAUCGGGUGCUGUUUUUACCAGCGGGACAAUGUUUCUACCCGGAUCCAGUUUUGGAAAGAGAAAUGGUGGCAGCUGUCGACGACCCAGCGACUGUUUGGUGUUAGAGACAUCAGAUAUGAUAGUUAUUGAUUACCCUGAAACGUCAAAUAGAUCAUCUGAUUUGCAUCGUUCUUUGUCCGCCGCAAAAGUGGCGCGCAGUCAAUGUGAACACGGAAUGGAUGACCAAGGGCAAAUCUCUAGUGGCAUCUGUAGCAUAUAUACUGACGAGCUAACACAGCGACCAGAUCUGUACCAGAAGUGCAAUAGAGGAAGCCACUCAAGUGACACGAGUUCAGCUUACAGUGGUUCUGACACUAUGACUUCAGUUCACAGCUCCUCUAUGGAUACCGAUGAAGUGGAUUUGUCCGGACUAGUAGAGAGUGUCGUAGAUUCGGAUGAGGAAGACCUAGCUGAGAGUAUGGAUAGCCUUACAGUCCGUGAUACUGUGCGUGAAUGUUUGGAAAAAGAUCCUACAGAUCGUACGGAUGACGAUAUUGACACUCUCCUAGAAUUUACGCAAAAGCUAAAAGCAUUCACAAGUCUGACACUAGCUGUUCGUCGCGCCCUGUGUAGUGUAAUGGUUUUUGCUGUAGUGGAGCGUUCAGGUACAAUGGUGAUGAAUGAUGGAGAGGAAUUAGACUCAUGGAGUGUUCUCAUUAAUGGCCAUGUGGACAUCGAACAUGUUACGGGUGAACGUGAGGAACUUCAAGUCGGUGACAGCUUUGGCAUCUUACCUACCAUGGAUAAGUUAUACCACCAGGGUGUAAUGAAGACUAAAUGCGAUGAUUGCCAAUUUGUAUGCAUAACACAAACAGACUACUAUCGUAUUCAGCACCAGGGUGAAGAAAACACGCGGCGCCAUGAAGAAAAUGGACAUCUCGUGAUGAUAACAGAGCUAAGACAUGGUUUGCUCGAUGCUGGUACACGACGUGGUCAUGUAGUAAUUCGAGGGACACCUGAGAGACUCAUGCUACAACUACUAGAGGAAAACUCAAUGACAGAUCCAACAUACGUUGAAGACUUUCUACUUACAUAUCGUACAUUCAUUGAGAACCCUAAUCAAGUAGCUCAACAGCUACUCACGUGGUUUGAGAAUGAGGAAACAUCGCCAACCCUGUGUACAGUAACACCUACAGAGAUACGGGAUCGUGUAACACGUACAGUGAUAUUAUGGGUGAACAAUCAUUUUACUGAUUUCGAGUUUGACGGUCAAAUGAUGGAAUUCCUCGAAAUGUUUGAAGUGGGUCUUGAAAAGAAAGCCAUGGAUGGACAGUUGCGAUUGUUGCACAUCGCCUGUUCAGCUAAAGCUCGUACACGUAUUGUUACACUUACGCGUUCGUCGCGUGACGAAGAAUUACACUUCGCCGUAGGUGGUGGAAAUGAACGUGGAGGCCUGGGAAUUUUUGUUACAAGUGUAGAAAGACGUACAAAAGCCCAUGAUGUCGGAUUUAAGCGUGGCGAUCAAAUUCUAGAGGUUAAUGGAAAUAGUUUGGAACAUGUGACACUUGCACGUGCUAUAGAAUUGUUAAGGAGCACUACUCAUUUAUGUGUCACCCUUCGAAGCAACUUACUCGCUUUUCGCGAGAUGCUGAUCACACCAGAAUGUUUGUCACCCCGUGCAAGACCUGCGAGACGUCGUGUUCUUCCGGAAGUAGACCCACGGGCUAGAUCUUCCGCGGAUUUGAUUGGUAUCGGACUAGAUCAAACAGAUGCUUGUUUAAAAACUCCAACAUCACCGGCAACAAAAAAUAAUAUAAUCUCUCAUGUGGGUCCACUAUCUGCGCCCGCCACUGUAAAGAGUGGCUUUAUGACUCUAGCACCGAAGCGACGUAUCCAGAAAGCACUGAUUAAGAUGAAUCUUCUACCCAAGAAUUCUCUCAUUUAUGCUACUGAUGGUGGAAGCAUCGAUGUUGAGACACUGGCGCCGCCCAGCGGAGAUAGUAGUAGUACCAGCUCUGGGUCAUCUCAAUCAGUGACGGCAGCUGUUUCACCAACAGCAGUAAUGUAUCACAGCCAGAGUAAUCCAGAUAUUAGUGCUAUGUACUAUGAUGACACCCGGUCCACUGACUAUCCCGAACAUGUUCUCAAGGUUUACAAAGCCGAUCAAACAUGCAAGUAUUUACUAGUACAUAAGGAGACUACGGCACAUGAAGUGGUAAUGUUAGCGCUCCAAGAAUUUGGAAUACAUGAAACUAGCUCCAACUUUUCCUUGUGUGAAGUUAGUGUAGGCGAAGGGGGCAUGGUAAAGCAGCGUCGUCUGCCAGAUCAAAUGCAAAACCUGGCAGAGCGAAUAGGUUUAUCAGCCCGUUACUAUCUUAAAACAAAUGGUAUCACAGAAACACUUGUCUCAGAUGAUGUUGCGCCGGAGUUAGUGCGCGAAACUAUAGUACACUUUCUUCAAUUGAACGCUAAUGAAGUCGCAAUGCAACUUACAUUUCAGGACUUUGCCAUUUUCCGUCAAAUUGAAAGCACAGAAUAUAUCGAUGACUUAUUUCAACUGAAGUCACCAUACGGUACUCCAAUGUUAAAACAAUUUUCCGAGCUGGUAAAUCGUGAAAUGUUUUGGGUGGUAACGGAAAUCUGUAGUGAGACUAAUAUGAUGCGCCGAAUGAAGAUAAUCAAGCAAUUUAUCAAAGUUGCCCGACACUGCAAGGAAUGUCGUAAUUUUAAUUCAAUGUUCGCCAUUGUGUCGGGUCUGGGACACGUAGCCGUAAGUCGUUUGCGAGUCACGUGGGAUAAACUUCCCAGCAAGUAUCAAAAAUUGUUUAGUGAUCUACAAGAAUUAAUGGAUCCUAGUCGAAAUAUGUCCAAAUAUCGUCAGCUGGUGUCGACAGAGCUUAUCACUCAACAUCCUAUUAUACCUUUUUAUCCAGUAGUGAAGAAGGAUCUUACGUUUAUCCAUCUGGGAAACGAUACAAGAAUUGAAGGUCUCAUUAACUUUGAGAAAUUACGCAUGAUUGCAAAGGAAGUGCGAAGUUUAGCCUACAUGUGCAAUUCACCACACGAUCUGCUCACUAUGUUAGAAUUACGUGGACAACCACCUAGCUCGGCAAUGGUGGCGCUAAAUCAGAUGUCCGUAACAGUGAAUCAAGCAACUAUUAAAAGGCGCAAGAAAAGCACAGCCGCACCAAAUCCAAAAAAGAUGUUUGAGGAAGCGCAAAUGGUACGUCGAGUGAAGGCUUACCUUAACAAUAUUAAGGUAAUUACUGAUGAAGACACUCUUCAUGCGCUAUCAGUUGAAUGUGAAGCUAGUUGUGGAUCAGCACCUAGUAGUGUUACGAUACGAAAGCGUCAUCCAUCGCCAACACUUAGCACAACAAGUAGCACAAGUAGCACGAGUGAAGGAAAGAAAGCAGCAGCCAAGUUCGGGGCAGCUUCACCACAGGCAGUGAAAAAAAUACUAGCAUUGUCUGAACAGAGCAAAACAAGGCCCCACUACCCAAAACAUCCCGGUAUUGUUCUACCCGGACUUACGCACUAUUCAGCUGGACUCCAGACCUCUGUGAGUCCCUCACCGUCACCUAGUACUAACCGACGCAUUAAUUCCAGCAACAGUUCAGGGUCAGUCUCAUAUAGUGCUCAUAGUCAUACAAACAGCGGACGUCCUAUUCACGAACGCAGUCAUUCAGACACACCGACGCCUGUACCGUCUGUUGAUCUAUCAGCGGAAAGCAGCAGUGUGACAUCGUUAAGUAACAUGCCUCUGCGCAAAACUGUUACAUCUAGUUCAUUAACGUCCAGCGACAGUGGUCAUGGCUCUUGUGCUCAGAGUGCAGCUGACAAUCAAUCAAAUUGCUCGGAGAGCAAUAGUGGACUGUACCAUGUUGCAUCCUCCAUUGUACACAAUUCACCUUCACCCACAUUGCAGCAGCGGCGGCACUCAGUUCUCCACGGCUCAUGCCUAAGCAAUUAUAUAAUGUCAACGUCAUGCAUUGCGGUGCCAUCGCAACAUCAUCACACCCACAUGCAACAUAGUCAAAUGGGAAAUACGAUGAAUGGAGAUUUGCCACCAUAUCAACUCACAUCAAUAGUUUCAACAACACACGGAGUCGCCAAUUUUCUCACACCACCACAAUUUCAUUCGGCCACGCGGUACAACGCUCAUAUGCUCAAUCCUCGCACAUCCGGCUGUCCCCGUUUGCCACCUGCAUACAGUGUUGCUGCUCAAAUGGCACGUCUUCACCGUCUCGGACGGGCGCACAGUCAUGAGGGAGUAACUACAGUUUCAGCAGCUGCAGUGGCUGUUUCCUCGGGAUCUCUUAUAACUAAGCAAACAAACUAUGAACCAGAUACUGAGGACUAUGAUGAGGAUGAUGAUGAAGAGUCACAAGUAUCAGCUGUUUAGACACAGUGAGUGAUUGUGUAAGAAUAUAGCAACAUUCCAUCACAUCUUAUAAUAUGAGGAAACUAGACAAAAAACCAAAUG